AUGGCCGACUCCUUCACCCUCGACAUCUUCCGCGGCACCCCCGAAGGCGCCCUCGCCGUCGAAACCUCCACCCACACCCUCGGCCACGGCGAAAUCUACAUUGAAACCACCCACUCCGGCCUCUGCGGCACCGACCUUCACUACCUCGCCCGCGGCGGCAUCAUCGGCCAUGAAGGCGUCGGCGUGGUGAGGCAGCUCGGCCCCGGCGUCACGGAGGUCAAGGUGGGAGACCGCGUCGGAUUCGGAUACACUCACAAGGUCUGCGGCACCUGCGACUGCUGCCUAAGCGGCAGAGACCAAUACUGCCCCAACCGCCUAGACUUCAACCGCAACCACGACAAAAUGGGCACAAUCUCCUCCGGCGUCAUCUGGUCCGCCAACAUGGUCUUCCCCAUCCCCGACGGCUACGACUCCGCCGACGCCGCGCCCCUCCUCUGCGCCGGCUCCACCGUCUUCACCGUCCUCACCGGGCCCGACGUAAAGUCCACCGACCGCAUCGGCAUCAUGGGCAUCGGCGGCCUGGGCCACCUGGCCAUCAAGCUCGCCGCCGCCAUGGGCCACGAGGUCGUCGUCUUGUCAACUUCAGAGUCAAAACGCCAGGAGGCACUCGAGUAUGGAGCGACAGAGUUUCACGUCUACGACUCGGAGAAGCCUGCUCCCGAGGGUUUCAAGCCGUUGAAUCAUUUGCUGCUCUGCGGAAAUACCGGAAGCAAAAACUUUAACAACCUGGUCCAACUCCUAGCCAUCAAUGGCACAGUAUACCCCUUGACCGUCUCCAAAGAGCACGCCCCCGUCGAUCUAGUCGGAUUGAUCGGUCUUGGAGCUUCCAUCAAGGGAUCACUCACAGCUUCGCGCCGCACAAUCGUUGACCUGCUUCGAUUUGCGUCCCGACAUGGAAUCAAGCCUACAAUCGUUAAGUUCCCCAUGACACAGGACGGAGUUCAGGAUGCCAUUGAUACUUUGAAGGAAGGAAAAAUGAGAUACCGCGGAGUGCUGGUUCGCUAG